AUGGGCACCUUCGAUACCUCUAAAUCCCUAUUGACGGCUGGCGCCACGGCUGAACCGCGCAGAACAGUUGUCGUUCCAAUUUGGUGGAUUUCGGACGACAACCUUGUCGUCGCAAGUGUUGCAGGCGAGCCGCCUGUUGAAGAACCGACUCUUCAAGACGAGCCAGAUUGGGAGAUGCCGCGCCAACAAGAGCGGUCUGUCAGCACCUCUAUGAUCUCCACCAUCAGUGACGAACUCAAUUCUACCCCAAUGGGCGGUCCGAAUCGUCUAAGACGUCAGCCCUCUGCAAUGGACCUCUCUACGCAGUAUUCAGAGUCAGGCCAAUGCAGCCGCCCCGAGUUUGAUGAGGCUGCUGCUAUCAACAAACAAACUAUGCACACAGCCAUCGCGACUCAGGAUAACUCAGAGAAAGAAAUCAGUGGCGCUUUACACCACUUUCACUUGUCAACUGACAUGAUUCAGGCUGGGUUGGUUAAGAUUUCCUCCGGCCCCCGAGGAGUCAGCGCACAGACAGCAGCGACCACGUUGGAGAGCGGCGUGCACGAAGACAUUAAUGAGAGCGCAGACGACCAAAAUGUUGAAAAGGUCGGUGAACGAACAAACCAAAAUGCAGAAGACAUGCACAGCAGGCUCGUUGUCACUUCUUGGAAGACCGCAGCAACAAAAGCGCAUGGAGAUAGGGAGGCGAAUAUCGACAUCGGCCUUGAGGACCACGAGUUAUCGCCACAAUACGCGGAGUUUUUGAAAUUCCAAUUCAACUGUUCGCCUCACGAAUUGCGUCACCAUUUUUUGACAGAGAAUCACAAUACCCCUCACGAAUGCACGGCAGAGCGCAGCAAAUCUUUCAUGGCCAAGUUGGACAGCGACAUCAAGGCCCGCGUGAAGGUGAAGCGACAAUCUCGAGGACAAGCCGUCAGACGUGUGAAGCUUGCCUCAAACGAGGCGCUGAUAGACCAGGCAACUCAACCCAGCAAUCUUCUGGGGUCACAUCAGCAUUCUGAGCCGUUGGGCCCGAAGGGACCUAACUAUCGUGACAGCAUGCUGCUACGGAAACCAGUUCCUGCGCAUAUUCUGAAGCAAUAUCAUGAGACCAGUCCCACUCCGCUAUUUGAGAAGCUACCAACUGUUGCAAAAUUGCCCCCAGGCUUCGGAGCAUCCCAAGGAAAUUUCUUGUUGGGACAGGCACAGGCAGUCAGGUUCUCCAAGCCUGGAAAGGCACGCUUGGUCAAUGUCGCCCGAAAGAAACCGGAGCUGACCUACGCCACCUCCUUGAUCCCUGAAGAGGCAAUCAUGUUCUCGGCGGGGGAGAUGGCCAAGUCUGCACGCCAGCCAAACAAGCGGACUAAGGCCAUGCGGCAUCGUGAGGCACACAGCGUAACUACCAAGGGUGCCACAAAGCGUGCGCCUGCAAUGCGAGUUCAUCAACAGUCCCAGAUUUUGCACAGCGGCCCAAGUACCGAAGAUCCCAGACCUCGCCCGUACAAGCGAGCAAUCGACGACACUUUCAAUGAUCAGGAGCAGGCAAUGAGAUCCCAGAAGCUUCUGCGAUGGCUCAAGACAAACGAUCUUGCGAUCGACCAGAGUCCUUCCAAGGCUCCAGUUCAACGUCCAGACGUAUCGCUUGCAGCACCUGCAUCUGAGCAGUCUCCCAAGGCACCCAUUACAGAAUAUGCGUGCGCCAUUGAAACGAAGGGGUCCUCUUUGCUGAAACACAAGCAUGGAUACUUUGGCCUCAACGACAAACCAACCCAGAGCCGGAUCCCCGAUGACAUUGGCUCGAUGCUGACCUCGUCGCACAGGAGUCAGGCCAAUCCUGACCGUCAUUCUGGAAAGAGUGGCUGCCCUUCGCUUAUUAGUGAUCACGGAGAGGAGCCUUGUGAUUCCCCAGAGGCGGUGCCCGACACCGAAGAUAAGAUCUGGCCCCAUCACUCAGGAACUUUGGCAGCGAAAAAGGAGGGUGACAUCUUGAAGGCGGCAAAUGAGACUCCUUCGAAAGUCAACUUAUCUCGUAUCCAUAUCAACAUGAACAAGGAAGAUUCUGCAUCAGUAGACAUCGGUGGCAUCCGCGUCGAGAAGAAUGGCAACAGCAUCAGUGUGGCUGAAUGGUUCCGAGCACCGACCUGCGACUCGUGCUCUAACCACGACCCCGCCGACGUUGGCUUCCACGAGCCACAGCGUGAUGAUGGGAAGCCCACGGACACGCAUGGAAGAUUUUCGUUGGCUGGACAGUGUGCGAUCCUGCGGUGGCUGAUAUGUACAUCCGAUGCGGGUGAGGAGUUUGCCAUGCCGCAUGAAUUCUCCUCGGUCGAGGAGGACGUGAUUCCAGGUGGACUCCAACCACGACACGACGACGAUAUGAGGGCUGAAAUGCUCAGGAUGUUGCGCUGGCUCUCGGACCCUGUUGACCCACUACCUGAGCCAUCCGACGACAUCUCGGACGUCCUUCGGAGCAUUCAUCGGCCCUCGCUAUCGUAG